AAAUACUACAUAUCUACAGCACGAGAACUAUCAAGACUAGGUGGAGUACAUCAAGCUCCAAUUUUACAACAUUUUUCUGAAUCUAUUUUAGGUUCAACCACAAUCAGGUGCUUCAAUCAAGAAGAAAUAUUUAUGGACAAAAAAUUCAAGCUAGUAGAUAUGUAUUCUCGGCCCAAGUUUCAUUUCUCUAGUGCUAUGGAAUGGUUAUGCUUCCGUUUGAAUUUGCUGGCAUCCAUCACAUACGCCAUUUUUUUGGUUUUCUUGAUCUUAGUGCCAAAGGGAGCACUCAGUCCUGGUAUUGCAGGUUUAGCAAUCACAUAUGGGUUGAGUUUCAGUAUGCAUGGGGUCGUUUGGAAUCUUAGUAAUCUUGAGAAUAAAAUCAUAUCUGUUGAAAGAAUAUUGCAGUAUGCUUGUAUGCCUAGUGAACCCCCUCUAUUGGUAGAAGAAAAUAGGCCAGAGCAUGAAUGGCCAUCACAAGGAAAAGUUGAUAUUGUUGAUGUGCAAAUCCGGUAUGCCCCACAUCUUCCUCUUGUCUUACGAGGUAUCACAUGUACUUUCCCCGGAGGGAUGAAGAUUGGCAUCGUUGGGCGAACAGGAAGUGGUAAAUCAACACUUGUACAAGCUCUCUUCCGUAUGCUUGAACCUACAACCGGUUAGAUUUUGAUAGAUGGUAUCAACAUCUCCAACAUUGGUCUUCAUGACUUACGAUCAAGAUUGAGCAUCAUCCCGCAAGACCCCACAAUGUUUGAAGGGACUCUAAGAAGUAAUCUUGAUCCACUUGAAGAGUACACCGAUGAACAGAUAUGGGAGUCUUUAGAUAGAUGCCAGCUUAGUGAUGAAGUAAGAAAGAAAGAAGGGAAGCUUGAUUCAGCUGUGACUGAGAAUGGAGAGAAUUGGAGCAUGGGUCAAAGGCAACUAGUUUGUUUAGGACAUGUAUUACUUAAGAGGAGCAAAGUGUUAGUACUUGAUGAAGCUACUGCAUCAAUGGAUACUGCAACUGACUAUCUAAUUCAGCAAACACUUAAUCAACAAUUCUCAAGAUCUACUAUCAUCACAAUUGCUCAUAGGAUAACAUCUAUUCUUGAUAUUGAUAUGGUCCUCCUUCUUGAUAAUGGCAUUAUAGUGGAAUAUGAUUCCCCAGCCAAAUUACUAGAGAACAAGUCCUCAUUAUUUGCAAAGCUUGUUAAGGAGUAUACUCAAAGAAUUAGUACCUAGUUUUUUAAGGUUAAAUUAGUGAGUUUUGAAUGUUCAAAUUAAGGAAGUUGCUGAUUUUCUUGCUAAAGAUGCAGCAAAAUCAAGCGAUUUGGAUACCAAUAUUCUUUUCUCUACACACCUAUGUUCAGAAAUUGGUCAUGAUGCAGAAUCG